CGGAGCUGAGAGACACGGAGAGAAUUACAGGAGUUUGUAGAGUAUUCAUCGGAGGAGUUUUCUGUCAGAGAGUUUCAUCUGCAAUUACUGGCUAUUUCUUUCCCUUACUCUGUUUUCAUUUCUAUUUCUGUAUUUAUUUUUCUUCUAUUUAACGAUGAAUUUCUGUCUACACUCUGCUAUUAUGAUCAUCAUGUUGCGUGAGUAAUUUUUAUCAUUGUAGGUUAGGGAUUGAACGGUUUGUAAGGAUCGUACGUGUUUAAUUAAUUUUGGUAAACUACGAUUUUAUAAUUUGGAUCGAAUAAAUGGAUUUUAAUGCUGCAAUUCUUUUUGGCCAAUUGAAUUGUUGAUAUUAGAAUUUAAAUUCACAUAGAGAUAUGGAAUUCGAAUUCGGAAAUCAUUUAUUCGAAUGGGUAAUUUUCGUAUCGAGAGAUGGUUGUAUUGCCUGGAAAUUGUGAUAGCGAACUUAAUGAUUUUUAGGAAUUUUAAUCUAUUAAGAACCGAGAGGUCGGUAGAAGAAAAUUCCUAGAAUAUAAGGUGAUAUUCGAGAGAAUAAUCAUUUGCAAAUGCGCACUUGAAUUUCCUAAAUUAUGAUCAUAGUUACCGAAAUAUAUUUUUAGAAGCGAUCCUUACAUAACCCGUAAAAUACCGACACCUACAAUGUCUUAAUUAAAUUGUGUUAAAAAUCACUGUUUAUAUUUGCUUUGAUUUGUAUUUAAGUUUAAUCACCGUCACCACCAACCAAUUUAUUACCCGACCAAAAACCGAGUAGAACCCGUAAUUGAUAUCGUUGAAUCCAUCUGUGUCCCUGUGAUCGACCCUAGAAUACUACGAUUGACCCGUACACUUGCGGUAGUUGUAUCUAGGAAAUUAAACGAGAUUAGAUCACAUCCUAGAUCGACAUCAUUGAGUCUCAGGGAUCAUAUCAGAGGAUUUUUUUUUUCCGUGUUCCACAUUUCAUUGCUUGGUAUUUGUUUAACUUGCUUCAGUGGCUAGGUUUUUGUGUGUCGUUUAGAUGACUAUGGAUAGUAUUUUCGUCAGGUUUCUUUGUGCAGUAUAAUGGCAUUAAGAUUAUUGUUGUCGAUUUCUAACAUUGUUUGUAUAACAAAUACAUGAUCGUGAUUUACGUUGACAGCUCCUUUGGUGGUGGUUGAUGUGCCUUUUUGUCACAUUUCAAGGGAAGGGAUUCCUUCUGGUGACAUGCCUACACACAUAAAUUGCACAGCAGGGCUUCUGGUUGGUGAAAUUUCUUUCGGCAUGUCAAAGGUAGACGUGUCCAGAUUCAAUGAUACCUCAUCCGUCGGUCUCCCGAGAUUGUCGUGCUCAGACAGGUUUAGAGAUCGUGUUGUGACUGGGUGUUUAGGCAUUGACAUCUGGAUCUGGAUUAUUGAGUACUUUUCCAAAUUCAAAAAGGAGCUCUGGACUUUGCAUGAUGUCUUUGAAAUGGCUCCUAAACUUCCAAAUUAUCUGGGUGAUUAUACAAAUGAGAUGGUGGCUUUCAGAUGCUUGGUUUAUUUGUUUGACUCUAGUCCUAGACAGAAUAAUGGUGUUGCUUCUGGUGUUGGAUUCAAGGUGGAGUUCAAUUUAUCUGAGAGCUGUGAACAUGUUCUCCAAUGCAUCUUGGAUGAGGUACCCUUGUCGGACUUGAAACCAGGUGCACCGGAACUAUUAAAGUGGAAUCUUCUACCAUUCAUCGAAAACAAAAGACAACGUCUACCAAAAUGCACUUUCGAACUGCUGAGAGAGGCUUCACGUAAGAAGAGCACCGAAGUAUUUCCCAGUAAUGGAGAAGAGACAAUGGGAAUCAAUAUCAACAAAAAUAACCAAGUAGUACUUGCUGGUCAAAGAAUCAAUGAGAGAAUGAGCGAAAAGGGAACUUCAUCUGGUCAGCGCCUUGGAACUGGAGAUGGAAUAUUGGGUGAUGAAAGUGAAAUUUCAUUCAGCAAAAUAGACUUAUGUGAUGUUAUAAUACCUGACACCUUCGAAGAAAAUGAGGACGGAAACCAAGAUACCUCCAUAGUUGAUGAAAUUUUCCGUGGAAAAGCCAAGGAAUCCAACCUGGACCCAGCAGAUGCUACUGUAGACAAUACCGAUGAGCUUAAUACAGAGGCAAAAGAAUGCUUUGACCACUCCAACAACCAAGAGGGAAAAUUGGAUGUGAGCAGAUCUACUGCUAAUGAUCACAGUGAAUUUAUGGCUUCAGGGGAAACACAGGGGACAAGUGAUGCUGAAAACAGAAAUGGUCGAGUAGAAGCAUCUCAUGAUAAUAUUUUGCCUCCAGAAAUGGUGAAUGGGAUCCCUUUUACCGCUGAUGUAGAAAGAGCCUUGGGAGAAUAUCCUUCAAAUGAGGCUGAAGAAAGUGAAGAUCAAGAAGAGGAGAAAGAUCUGACACAAAUGAACAAGGCAAAUGAACGGUAUGAGAACAUUGAUGAUCACUCGUGGAUCCCCUCACCGUGUAGAUACACAUGCAAGCAGUGCAAUGAAGGUGGCAAGCUGUUGUUUUGUUCUAAUGAGGGUUGCCCAGUUAUGAUUCAUGAAAAGUGCUUGGCUUCUCUUCCUGCACACGAUGACGAUGGAAACUUCUACUGUCCUCUGUGUGCUUAUGCCCUCGUUUAUUUGGAAUAUCUCAAAUCUAAGGCUCAAGUUGCUGAAGCUAAGACGAAACUAGUUAGCUUUCUUAAUCUUGUAAAUUCAAAGCUUAAAGAAAAUAGAAGAUCUGGAAAUCAAGUUCCUUGAUGCCGACGUUGAGGAUGAUACUAGCGACUGAGUUGAAAAUUAUCAGCUUGCAGGCAGGAAGCUCCUUUGGUCAAAUAUCAUGUAAGCACUCAAAUGUGUAGCACUGUAUGUACAAUGGGUGACGAGACCUACUGCUCAAC